AUGUACGGAGCAUACUCACAGGAAGCAAAGUUAUCAGGUGUCGUUGACGCUUUUCCAACUGUUACUUCAAUUCCUGUAAUCACCGGUCAAGAUCAACAUUAUGAACAGGCAAAUCUCUGCACUGACCGAAGCCCUUCAUCUAACUGUUUCGCUCAUACGUCUUGCACCAAGCAUUGUCGGUAUUCAAAACAGACUAAUUUAUCCAAAUCUCUGUCGGAAAGCUUAAAAAAUCAAGCAAAUGAGUCUAACUCUGAUUACUCAUCAAGAAUAUCCAAUGACAACUCCAUUGUAAAACAAAUCGACUCAACAUCCAGCUAUCUGGCUGGCCAAUAUGCUCAUGAGCAGCCAACAUCAUCCCAAGCUGUCAAGCUUGUCACGACAUUGUUUACUUCUUCCACAUCCCCCACAUCCAAUUCAUCAUCUGUUAUCCCUUCAUCCCAUCCUCCCGGUAUCACCAGGUCUGAUGCUAUGAUUCCCAGCCGUAAUUUGCUUCAUGUAUACAGCUACACGCAACCAACAUCUCCCGAAUUAUCGCGCACUUCAUCAGGAAGCCAAGGAUCAUAUGGAGAUUCGGCGUGGUCUAGCCACCAGACAACAAAGGAAUUGGCUAUGUCUAGUGGAGGAUCAGCAUCAUCCACAAGUAGGAAGAAUAGUUGGAACAAAGAAAAGAUUCUACUUGGCUGCGAGACCCUGGCUCCGUCCCUAAAAGCCGAAGGCGAUAGGAAAUCGGUUGCCCAGACUCCACGCGCAAGUAGUCCCACUCUAUUCUCUGGAACAGGAUGGCCAGGCUGGCUCUCCCGAUCUUUGAGCCGGGGCAGAAAUACAAAGAAUCAUCAGAGCCACAACAGUAAGAAAGUUCUUUUCCAUUAUAGAAAUAUCCCGAUAAUCUAA